AUGUCAAAUUCUUUCUCUUUGUCACCAUCAACGAAAAUCGUAAGCAUUAAUACGUCAUUAUCAAGCACCCUUAGAGAUUGUGGUGUGAUCAAACCAAACGAAAGUGAAAGAACGGUAGACGGUAUUUUACCAUUUGCAAAUGAAAGAUCUAUUUGA